AUGGCAGGCCUACUAUUUCGUCCCCAGAAUGACAUUGAUCCCAGCGUCAACGUCCAACAGCUAUCUUGCAAGCCACAUGUGCAGCCGUUCGUCGGCCGCAUUGGAGGCAAUCAAGGCAUUGUCCUCGAUCGCGCCGAUCCAGAUAAUGCUGAAUAUUUGCGUAAAGUGCCAGAUGCUGCUCCAUUGAUGAGUGCGCGAGAUGCCUUUAAUGUGCGCGGGUUCACCGAUCUCGAUCUGUGGCGUUUCGCGGUGGUGGAAUGCGUUGGAACCAUGAUGCUAGCAUUCAUUACUGCCUGGGCGGCAGCUACUCCUGCGAAUAUGGCUCCCCCGACUCCCUCCACACCAGCAGGGAUUUUCGCUACAACAGCCUUCCUGGGUCCCCUUGUCGGCGCCGUUACCAAUUGGUUGCUCCUUACCCUCUUCAUAUUUUCCUUCUCGUCUGUCAGUGGUAGUCAUCUUAACCCUACCAUAACGCUAGCAACCUUUUUUGCGCGCCUUAUUUCCUUGCCACGUAUGGUUCUCUACCUCUGCGGGCAAAUCCUCGGCGGUGCCCUGGCUGGGUGGAUGUUACAGUCGGCGUUCGGAUCCGGGCAAUAUUCUGUCGGUGGAUGCGUUGUUGAUACUGCCCUAGUUCCAGUCCGAGAAGCAUUCGUGCUGGAGUUCAUCUGCAGCUUGACAUUGAUCUUCCUGUCGUUUGGUGUUGGGUUAGACCCUAGACAGGUUAGAGUGUAUGGGGCUGCGUUGUCCCCAUGGUUAGUAGGAAUGGUUUUGGGGGCCGUGAGUUUGGGAUCGGCGUAUACGCGAGAGGGAUAUGGAGCGCUGAAUCCGGCGAGGUGCUUCGGCGUAUAUGUGGGGUCAUCUUUUCCGGGAUACCAUUGGAUUCACUGGGUUGCACCUAUUGCUGCUGCCAUCGGACACGGACUGGUCUACUAUCUGCGCUACUCAUCUGCAAAAAAUCCUUCCGAUAGUGCUAGCACUUGGAUUAAGUGCUUCCACGCACCCUUUGAUGGGCGGCAAGUAGCCAACACUGCGUACAUCAUGGAUCGUCAGUCAUCCAGCAUUGACAUUCCUGAAUCUUCUGCUCGUUAA